AUGCGGCUGAUCCAUAUUGAAGACGGUGGCCACCAAUUGUCCAUGACAGAGGUCAACCGAGAGGUCCCCAAGUAUGCCAUUCUCUCCCACACAUGGGGCGCAGAAGAAAUCACAAUCGACGACAUGAGGAACGGCCGCAGAAUAGAUAGUGGCGGGUAUCGAAAAAUCCAAGAGUGUUGCGCAACCGCCGCUAAAAACAACUAUCAAUAUCUCUGGGUGGAUACAUGCUGCAUUGACAAAACCAGCAGCGCAGAGCUAUCCGAAGCGAUCAACUCCAUGUACCGUUGGUACGAAGAAGCGGAUGUCUGUUACGCCUAUCUUUCCGACGUCCCAUCCGUCAAUUUCACUGGCAGCAGAUGGUUUACGCGGGGAUGGACACUCCAAGAGCUCAUUGCUCCGAAAGAAGUAAUAUUCUUCGACAAGAAGUGGAACGUCUUGGGGACUAGGGACAGCCUCCAGCUUGAGAUCCUAGAGCGCACCAAUAUUCCUCUGGGGAUUCUUGACGGGUCCCAAAGUCUUGAAACGAUGAGCAUCGCUCAACGCAUGUCUUGGGCCUCGGAACGACAAUCAACCAGGAUCGAGGACAUCGCCUAUUGUCUGAUGGGUAUCUUUGGAAUAAACAUGCCAUUACUCUACGGCGAGGGGGAUAAAGCCUUCAUCAGAUUGCAAGAAGAGAUCAUGAACGUCUCCGACGACCACACUAUCUUUGCCUGGAAGGAUAGCGGUGGUGAUGAAAAUGACGGUGGGCUUUUGGCCAGCUCUCCGGCAGCCUUUAGGGAGUCGAGUGACAUCAUUGUUAGGCCCGGGGCCUCAAUCUCAACAAAGACGCCAUGGCGGCUAGACAAUAAGGGGCUUCAUUUAGAGCUUUAUACGAUGGCAGUAGGUCCAGAUGGCUUAGUUCUCGCUGUCCUUCCUUGCACGGAGGUUGGAAUGGAGGACGACUGGGUGGGGAUCUACCUCAGAGACAAAACCCUCACUAUGGAUCAUUUCGAGAGGGUUGGCAAAGAUGAGCUGGUCCCUGUUGAUCUCAGGCUAUUUCGACCAGCCCAGUAUCCUUUGCGAAUGCUAUGUGUCCAGCGUCAGCGUCUUGCAUCCGCGAGAAGAAAACCUCUCAGCAGGAGAAACAAACAAGAGGCUCCACCAACUGAUUCACAAACCACCCAGCUGGCUCUUUAUAGCCCACCUGAUGGUUCUCCAAUAGAACAGCUGCCAAUCUCGUCUCAACCCGAUGGGGGACGUUCAGUGCUCUCUUGCGCAGCUAUGGAAGGGAAUAUACAACGGGCAUGGUCCCUGUUGUCUCAGCCUAGAGUUCGGGCUGAUCAGCCAGAUAAUCAUGGCCGAACACCCUUGUCAUAUGCUGCGGAACGGGGGCAUAUUGACCUGGUCUGGUUGCUUCUGACCCGGAGUGAUGUGAACCCGUUCUCAGCAGAUGUUCAUGGCAUCACGCCUGUGCUUUACGCCGCCCGGAACGGGCAUCACAAAGUAGUGGAAGUACUUCUUGCUCGAAAGACCAGCCAGAAUGACAUAUACGAUAAUCGCAGACGAACCUUACUGUCCUAUGCAGCGGAGGGCGGCCACGAGACCACAGUCCAUAUGCUUAUUUCCAGAAGUGAUUUCGACCCCGAUCUCGAUGAUAUGGAUGGCCGGACACCACUAUCCUGGGCAUCACAGUGUGGCCAUGGUACAAUUGUCGCACUUCUGGCUGAGCAUGGUGCCGACAUUAAUGCCACUGACGUACAUGGGAAGACGCCGAUAUGGCAUGCUGUUGCAACUCCGCACAGUGUCUCUUUCCAUGCAAAUGAUGAGUCUGGGAGCGGCGUUCUGGUCUGGGCUGCAGAGAACCAGUAUCAGACGCUUCUCGACAUGCUGCUGACUAGUGUUGCGGACAUCGACCAGCCAGACAAACUUGGAAGGACUAUACUAUCAUGGAGUCUGGAAAAUGAAGCGACAGAUGUCUUCAGUAAGAUUGUCGCUUAUGGUGUCAACCUAAACGCGGCCUGCAUGUGCCGGCCGGGACAGGCGGAUUCAGACUCCGCACCUCGACAAACCCCUCUGUCUUGGGCUGCUGAAACACAUCGCUAUGAGAUAUUCAGAAUGCUAGUCACACAUGGGGCUGACGUGAACCCACCAGGGACUUUUUUGCCCGGUAUCACAACUCCGCUACACUGGGCUGUACAGACAAUAAACGAAGAUCUCUUCAAAUUCCUCCUGGAGCACGGUGCUGAUAUGUAUGCACGGGAUAUAUAUGGAUGCGCGAUGCCGAUCAAGGUCGCCUUAGAGGAGGAAUUGGAAAAUUACGUCCGCAUACUCCUCGACCACGGCGCCGACCCCAACUUUUGCGACGAAGACGGCGAUACACCACUAUACGCCGCUGCAUAUCGAAAAGGCAAGGAUACCAUGCAACUUCUUCUUGAGUGCGGUGCAAAUCCCAACAUACGGGACAGAAGCUCGGAUCCUUUGGUAUAUUACGCGGCAAAGCAAGAGCUGUACGAUAUCAUGUCCCUGUUACUCUCGCAUGGAGCCGACAUCAACCAGUGUAAUCGACGUGGAGAUUCACCCCUCGCGGCGGCCAUCGAAAAUGACGAUAGGAAGAUGGCUAAGCUCUUACUCACGCAUGGAGCCAACCCAAAUACAGCGGACUCUGACGGGACGACGCCGUUGAUCGACGCUGUCAGGAACGGCCGCCAUGCUUGCGUUGCUCUGUUGCUCGAACAUGGGGCUGAUGCCAAUGUCCGUGACGGCUACGGCACACCCGCGGUUGUGGAAGCCAUGUUUGACGAAAAGAUAGUCAGGCUCCUGAUUGCGUAUGGAGCUGAUCCACACGCGCAGGAUGAGGACGGAAGAUCCGCAUCGAAGUAUGCGUAG